CACGUUUGUCUGCACGUUGUUUAGGGGAGGUGUAAUAGUCUCGAUGGUGGUCUGAAUUUUCCGCUUUUCUCCUUGCAUUGUCUAGUUUGUGUGGUAGCUGUCGAUGUCAUGUAGGUGCUGUCGUCACAGAAGUAUUUCCAAAACGAAAGCAUCGCAGUUUCAUCUUCAUUGCUCGUCGAAAAUCGUAAGCAAUGACUUCGAAUAUAAACUCUCUUCAUUGGUUUAGAAAGGGACUCAGGUUGCACGAUAAUCCGUCCCUGCGGCAGGCAAUAGAGGGUAGUUCCACUUUCAGAGCAGUAUUUUUCCUCGAUGUGGACUCCUUGGAUGAGAUCAACCUAUCGAAAAACAAGUGGCGAUUCCUUUUAGAAUGCCUACACGACCUCGAUAAAAGUCUGAGAAGACUGAACUCGCGUCUCUUUAUCGUUCGAGGUCAGCCGAUCGAUGUCUUUCCGAAGCUAAUUAGACAGUGGAAUAUUACUAGAGUAACGUAUGAAUAUGACAGUGAACCAUUCCCACGGAGAAGGGACGAUUCGAUAAAGCGCUUAUUGGAAUCAGAAGGAGUUGAAGUGUUGACGUCAGUCUCUCAUACGCUGUACGACAUUGACGAGUAAGUGUUCAUUUAAUUUGUUUAUUUCAUUUUAAUGCGAUCUUAACCUUGAGGCUCUUCGGUAGCGUUAUAUUUCUUUUCUUCUGGGUGGAAGACAAGGAACUAUGACCAGUCAUGUGUCACACGCGCUUGAGUCGUUUGAGCCUUGUUACAUAAGAGUCUAGGUUUGUGGACCUUAGCUUUAGUUAUGCAAUUAUCACUCAAACAAUCAGGACGAAGAGAAAUGCCACAAAGCCAAAAUAUAUAGUUAGAAAAUACAAGGAACAUUACGUAGUUUAUUAAUCCUUGGGAUGCUGCUGAACAAGUUUCUUUUUGCAAAGAAGCACCUAGUCAAAGGGCUGAUCAGAGGUACUUGUGGUGGGGUAAAAGGCUGAUCAGAGGCACAGGUGGUGGGGUCAGGGGCUGAUUAAAGGUACAGGUAGGGGAGAGAGUUAGUGCCCCACAGGUGGGAUGGUAUUUGUACGCGCAACAGUUCUCUUUCACAGGAGGAUGCUGAUGACAACCUGUUCUGGUCCUCAAGGGGAGCUCAAGUUAGAUCAACAGAAAUUAACUAUGUGAUUGACCCCCUCCCCUUCUGCCCCCGCUUCUCCCACUAUACAUCCUCCCUGCUUAAGAAGUAAGAGACUAGCUAGUAUGAAAUGGUUCUCACAUUUCACAUUAUGUAUGAUAGCUGAAUACUAAAUUGUUUAGAAGGCCACAAAUUGAAGUGUAAAUCAAGUCUUGCAUGUCUAGGAGCAGCAAUCAGCAGGAUGUUUGCAUGUGGUAGAAUUUAACAUCAUCAUAUGGGCCUGUACAAAACAGGGACAGGCUGUGACUCUUGUGUAAUGAAUAGGAAAUGUGCUUAGUGUCAAGUUGUGUGAAAUUUGAAUACCAGUUGUUAGGAGAAGGGUUGCAUUAUAGGGCAGAGAGAUUGAUGAGUGUUCAUGUCUUUAUAGAGCUUAAUUGUAAGCCACUUCUGCUCUCCCCUGCAUGAAAUGUAUCACAUUUCUAUUCUUCAUUAUAGAGUCAUCAAGUCAAAUCAUGGGAAUGUUCCAGUUACUUUCAAGCAGUUUGAAUGCCUAGUAAGUAAGUUGAAAAGUCCAAGCAACUGUGUACCAGUUGUCGAUGAGCAGUUGUUAAAAAACUGUAAGACACCUGUGGAGGAUAAUGACGAAAACAACUAUGGUGUACCAGAAUAUGAUGCCCUUGAUUUUGUUGAGGAAGAAGCUGAACCUGGACAGUUUGCAGGAGGAGAGACAGAAGCUUUGAGAAGACUUGCUGUUCUUGAAAAAGAGGUUGGUAAAGAUUUAUUUUGGCUGAAUGUUUUCUUGAAGGAGAUAUUUGUUGUAGAAACAGUGCAUUUCCUCUCACUGGCCUUUAAAGUUAAUACUAAAUUCUGACACUUGGCAGGCCUUAGGAAUCCAGAGAUUAACUUCUACUUAGGAAAAUGUUCCUUAAAUUUCAUUUUAAACUCUAGGAGAAAUUCUGCCCAUUUAAAUCUUAGGUUAGCAACCUGUUCUUUUACCUGUGGGGUGACCAAGUUUCAUUCCUCUUUUCAAUCCCUUGCAAAGAAGCAGUCAUGACUUUCACAUCCAUUUUUUGUCAUGUGCAUGUGACUACUACAAUUUUGUUUGUUUGCAUUGUGAACAGGUAGCAGAACCAAAAUUGGGCAAACCACAGCAAGAGUCCAAUUCUCCAUUUCCCAAGUCCUCAAAGUUGAGUCCAUACUUGAGAUUUGGUUGUCUGUCAGUGAGACAACUUUUUCACAGAAUGAACCAAGUCUACAGAGAGGUUUGUAAUUGAUUUUUGGUAACAUUGUUUUGCAAAAGUUGUGGUGAUCUUCGAAUAUCAUUGAUAAAUGUUUUGUGAUGUUUAUAGAUAAUCAGUGAGCUCUGCAGCAAUUACACCCAUCUAGUGCUUAUAACUACAAAUCACUUGCUCUUGACAUGUUGUUGCUUUUGAAUUGUGGCCAUAUUUUAGUUUUCUCUUAUGCUGAACAUGUAUCAACAGAUGCAAUAUGAGAGUCACUCUAUCACUGGUAGAGACCUAUGAAGGUCUAUCUAAUACCCCAUUCACACCAGCAAAACAUGUUAAGUGAAACUAGGUAUAAUAAAAAUCAGACCCAAAGAGCUGAAAAAGUGAAUUUUUCAUUAGUUGUUAUUAAUCACAUACUAUUAUUUUCAAUGUGCUACAUUUGAAGUCAACAAAGAUAGGUUUGUGCAGCUUCUAUGAAGAAAACAACUCAAUUGCAUUUGACAGAACAGUUUUAAAACAUGUUUAAGCUUUGGUGUGAAUGGGGUAGAUGAUUAUCAGGAUGAUGUGUUGUGUAUUUGCAAGUUUUGAAGGAUUCUUUUCUAAUGGUCUUUAAUUACGUUGCAGGCUAAUGGAAAACCAGCCCCAAUGUCAGUUCAUCUACCAUUAUUGUGGCGAGAGUUUUAUUUUGUUGUGGCCAGUAAGCAUCCUAAUUUUGACAAAAUGAAGAACAAUUCUCUUUGUUUACAGUUUCCUUGGGAGAAGCAAGCUUGCAAACUGGAAAAGUUCCAACAGGUGAAUUACAUCAUGAGCAUGUGUUUUACAAGGGUCAUCAAUCAGAUGUUGUGGGACUCUCUGCGUUCCAUUUUCAUGUGGGGAAAACAGGACUAUGUGAAAGAUUGAUGGUGUGAAAAUGUGCAGAGAUACAAUUUUUUUGAAAAAGUUGUUUUUAUAUUGAUGGUUAUUAUUUUUUUUAUUGAUAACCUAUCAAAAGAUCUCAUUCAAUAAUUUGAUAACAAGAUCUUUAAUCUUUUUUAUACUCCAGGGCAGGACUGGAUUUCCAUGGAUAGAUGCAAUGAUGCGUCAAAUGCUAUUGGAGGGAUGGAUUCCUCACUUAGCCCGUCAAGCUGUGGGAUGUUUUUUAACCAGAGGAGCUCUCUGGAUAUGCUGGGAAGAAGGAUUUAAAGUAUGUGUUAAUGAAAAUUACACUGUUGACUCUAACAAUGAGCUUUUGUAGGAACCAAAUGACCUUCCCCUGGUUGGUUCCCACUCUUGGGUUUAAACUCUAGACUGAACAUAUUUAAGAGGCACAAACUGAAUAUUUUGUCUUAGGAGCUAUUCAAUGUACAACAUGGCAUAUGUCACAUUCAUUAUGUUGAAUUCCCUUUUCCCCCCCCAGAUAUUUGAGAAGUAUAUGCUUGAUGCUGAGUGGAGUAUAAAUGCUGGUAGCUGGAUGUGGUUGUCAUGCAGUGCAUUCUUUGCCAAACAUCCUCAGUGGACAUGCCCAGUUGGUUUAGGAAAACAUUUGGAUCCACAGGGCAACUAUGUGAGGUACUGACUCCUGAACAGUUUAAAAAAAAGAUUGACAAAUGAAUGUGAGUUAGUAGGUAAUUGAAAACCACACCUAAAGGAAAGGGCCAAAAACUUACUUGGAACACAAGUCUCAGCCUCUCUUUGCCUUUCCACCCCCACCCCCCUGAAAACAAUCUUGCAUGCUAAGCAUGCUAACUUUUUCAUCCAGGGGGGGCAAGACAUAUUAGCAGCAGGUCAUGCAGUAAGGCAGAUAAGGGGUUAUUUGAGGGGAACAAGGUUGAUACCCUUCUUUUAAAUGUAAUCCAGUAAUUGAUGUUGAGGUUAUUGUUUUUAAAGGAAAUACAUCCCAGAGUUAAAGGAUUUCCCAGCAGAGUAUAUCUAUGAACCGUGGGAUGCACCACUUGAAUUGCAGGUGGCGUGUAAUUGUGUUAUUGGUACUGAUUAUCCACAACCCAUAGUCAACCAUCAACAAGCAAGGAAAAGUUGUGUUGAUAGGCUGAGAGGAGUGUAUCAAAAUCUUGUGACAAAGGGUGAGUUAUCUUUGAAGCUGUGGAGGAGAAUAAAUCAAUCAAUAUCACAUGAAAUAAUCUGAAGCAAUCCAAACAUGUCUGAUUUACGUUUCUUCUCUUUUUUGUAGUCUCAUGCAAUGUUGGACUUGGCCAUAAUGCUAUGCACUGGUUCAGAAAGGAUUUGAGGCUCCAUGACAAUCCCUCACUAUGUGAAGCUCUAACAAAUUGUAGAACAUUUCAUGCUGUGUAUAUUCUGGAUCCUGUGAGUGCGAGAGCUGCAAAAGUUUCUGCCAACCGUUGGAAAUUUCUCGUGGACUGUCUACGUGAUCUGGACAAGAGUUUGCGAGAGUGUGGAUCAAGACUUCAUGUCAUUCGUGGGCAGCCAACAUAUGUGUUACCUAAACUUUUCCAAGACUGGAAUAUUUCAAAACUGACAUUUGAGUGUGAAAUUGAGCCAUUUGGACAACGGCGAGAUGUGGCUGUGGCUGUCCUUGGUGAAGAACAUGGAGUGGAAGUUAUUUCUAAGCCUUCACAUACCCUGUAUGAUCCUGAAAGAAUAAUUAAAAGUAAUGAGGGUGAGGCACCCAUGUUAAUAAAAACAUUUGAAAAUGUUAUCCGGCAAAUGGGCCCUCCGGAGAAACCUGUCGAUGCUGUGAACAAGGAAAUGUUCAAAGGUUGCGUUUGCCCAGUCUCAAAUGAUCACAGCACAAAAUUUGGUAUCCCAAGCUUAGACGAACUUGGCUACAGUGGGUGCGAAGUCACCACAGGGGAUUUGUGGGUUGGAGGAGAACAGGAGGCCAUGAAAAGGUUAACUGAACUUGAAGAGAAGGUAAAUAGUGAAUUACCUAUUAUUUCUCAUAGUGUUUACUCUAAUAUGAUUUGUGUUUGUCCCUUCUUAGUAUUGCAGCAUUUCUGUUGGAAUUUAUAACAACCAAUCUGUUGCAUAAGUCUUAUUUGGGGUAUUCCAGAUGUGUAUGAAAUAGAAGUACUACAUUUGAAGUAAUCCUUGUAGUUUCUACUUUUUGAAAUGAAAGUGUUCUUCUUCCUUUUGUAGUCAUCACCAAACUGUAAGUGCUACAACACAGUCACAUGCAGCCUAAUCAGGCACUUGUAGAGCCUGAACCAUGUGCAAGCAGACUCAUGGAACAUGCACAUAUCUUAUCUUCAUUGACACUAGAGCUCAUUGUUGAAGACUCUUGGAACACAUAUAAUUAUCUUGCUUCAUCUGCUUAAACAGUAGAACAAGUAUAUUGAUUAGUCAUCUUAACUUCACUGAACAUGUUUGUGUCAGGUUUUGGAGGGCAAUUUAAAGAAAUCUGUGGAAGGGCUAGAUGCACUAAGGCCAUCCAGGACACAGCUGAGUCCUUACCUACGCUUUGGUUGUCUUUCUCCACGGCUCUUUCAUUUGAGGCUUACCAAAGCCUACAUGAAGGUAAGGUGAAAUUGCCAAAAGUGAACCUGUUGCAUGUUUAUCUCAUUGCCACUGGGAUGGACAAUUUUUAAGUUUUUGAGUUAUGGAGGUGUCCAAAUUUUUUUAGGAUAGGGUACUUUUUAAAGUGGGACUGUAGGCUAACUCAAUCUCUUAGGAAUGCUUUUGUUUUUGCACAUAUCAAAAAAUUGUUGUCCAAGUUGCCUAUCUGCAAAAUUUGAAUACUAGAGAAUGUGCCUUUUUGGAAAUACCUGCAAUAGAACUUUCUUUUCUAAGACUGAAUCUCAUGGCAAAGUAGAGAUAAUAUCCUGGUUUAAUGGUGUUUGCAGCUCACACGGUUUUUCCUUUAGAUGACACUUCUUGCAUGUCUAUUGUCAGAAUAAAGUAUUUUUUGGUGGACCUGGCUGAAAAUCUUUUUUACAACAAUCUUUGUGUAUAUCCUAAACCAUUUUGAGUGACGUUGAAUUGGCUUAGAUUUAGAGAAAUAUCUCUUCAAAAUGGCUUUUCGGAGAAACCCCUUCAAUUCAUGUCCCCUAGUGAAAGAAUCAUUUCACACAGAUUAUUUGUGGAAUCAUAUCAUAUGUGAAAAUUUCAAGUCAUUGCAACAAAUCUGUCUUGAAAUAUUUUAUUCACUAAAUUAUGGAAAAUUCAGCACAUUAGCCACUGGUAAUACCUUAAUGUGUUCAUGCUAUUGAGAAACUUAAAUUGCUAAAAUGUACAUUUGUGAUACUAUGCUGAUGUUGUUUGCUGAUGCUCUCAGUUUCUUUCCUAAUGAACAAACUGACUCUAUUUUUGCUUUUUUGCCAUUGUAAUGCAUGAGAUUAAAGCAGUCAGGUCAAUAGUGUUUGUUGUUGGUAGCUCUUUUAAGGCUGAAAACAUCGUGUAUGUCUUAGGUGAAAUGCCAGCCACCACCAUUGUCACUCUACAGGCAGUUAGUUUGGAGGGAGUUUUUCUUUACACUUGCCAGUCGAAAUCCUCAAAUGGACAGGGCAGUGGACAAUCCACUUUCUUUUAAUAUUCCUUGGGAGGAAAACCAAGAUGCAUUCGAUGCAUGGAAAAAGGUACAAUAAAUCCAGAAUCUGAGUAUUGUUUUUACUUUACUUGUGGUUAGGUGCUCUUUAUUUUGAAACACUGCUUGCAUCUUUUCUAGAAAUGUUCAAUAUAGCAACUGUUCUUUUAGUAAUGAUGAUGAAUUAAUGUUAACCCUUAAACUCCCAAGAUCUCAUUGGUGAUUCUCCUUACUGUCUCCCAUACAGUUCUUGUGAUGUUAGUUUAGAGAACUUGGUAUUGGAUCAACUUACAAUCCCCCUACUGAUAUUUUUCCUUAUUCUCAUCACUUGUCUGCUUGAUAUUGCAUUGAUAUUGAGAGAAAUUAUGUCGUGGUCACUCAUAGGAGUUAAAGGGUUAUUGAGGGAACUUAACCUUUUGAUUACAAGACAGGAAAUUUCUCCCUUCAAUAUCUAUACAAUAUGUAGAAAGGUAACAAGAAGUAAGAAAAAUAUCAACAAGGAGAUAUUGAUUGAUUUAACAUCAAAUCCUUAGAACAAGAAUCCCAAGCAAUAUAUGGGAAUGGUACAGAGAUCUGAUAAUAAGAUCAUGGCAUAAAAGGGUUAAGUUAAAUCAAAGGGUAGGAUACUUAGUGGUGAUACUUAGUUGUUCUAGUUGCAGGAUUUUUAUGAGAGAUUUUGCUGAAAGUUCAUCACCUUUAAAUGUGUGUGUUGGUCAGUGAUGCCCCACAUUUCCAGUCAAAGAAAGUGUGGCUCGUUUGGCUUAUUUGAUCAGAUGCAUUAGUCUUUGAUGGAAUUAAAACUAUAAUUGCAUAUUUGCUUUUGAUCUUGGCACUAUUUGACUAAGAAUUAAGCUUACUUCUUUAUGCUAGGGCCAGACAGGUUUCCCAUGGAUUGAUGCUAUCAUGCGACAAUUACAUGCGGAAGGGUGGAUCCACCAUGUAGCUCGACAAGCUGUUGGAUGUUUCCUGACGAGAGGAUGUCUUUGGAUUAGUUGGGAAGAAGGAUUUAAGGUAUAGCUGUGAACUUUAUGUUAUUGAUCUUUUGUAGCCCUCAACAAAAUUGUUGUUAAGUUGUAUGUUUAAAGUGAAUGUUAAUGUUGAGUAGUAUUUUGGCUUUUUUAAUACUAUUUUAUCACUGAAUUGAUAUACAUGUAGAUAUUGCUUUUACACUUAUAAGGAUACUGAGAUAUAUGUUGAGAAGUGUUCAUUUUGUACAAUAUCUUCUGUUGUCCAGUGGCAGCUAGUAAAUACCUUAAUUUGUUAUUCUUUGAAGUUGUUUUCUUGUUUGAUAACUUAUUACAAUAAUACGCUCAUGAAUGGCUCAUAUUUUCCUAUUUUUAUGCCAUCCAUACAAAAUGUUUGUUUUCUUUUGAAGUUGUUUGAACAGCUUCAGUUGGAUUCGGAAUGGAGCUUGAAUGCUGGUAAUUGGCUUUGGGUGUCAUGUAGUGCAUUCUUUCAUGGACAAAUUCCGUGGUAUUGCCCUGUCAAUGUUGGAAAGAAACUUGAUCCCUCAGGAAAUUUUAUAAGGUAACUUCACUCGUACUUCAUUUUGCAUUUCAUUCGAUUGCCAAAAUCUUUGACCUUAAAAAGCGUUGGCAAGAUAUGAUGAGACCUAACGGCUUUAUGGGUACACAUGUACGUAAUAACAUGAUCAUCAAAGUUGCACGUGAUAAAGGAUACCAGCCUUCUAAAGUUUCCAAGACAAGAAUUACCGUAAACAAAGAUUUUCACGAAUAAUGAUAAAAGAAAAGCACAGACUGUGUUAUUGUGAAAACAUUUCCCAUGUAGCCACUGUGUGUCAUCGUUCUUGAAUCAUGCUUUUCAGGUGUCGACGUUUUUGCAAUCGAGUAUGUAAAGGAAAGUUAGCCUGAUGAUUGCUUGAUCUGUACUCUUUUGCUCUUCAAUGUUGUUACAGAUGAAUAAGUAACAUGUACUCUCCACUUCUCGUGCGAACUUCAAAACAUUCACUGGAGAAAACAUUUCAUUAUGAAAGCUUAUUCAAAUACUUAAAACGAAAAAACUGGUGACUGAGGUAAUUCUAGGUAGAGAAUUCGCUUGAGGCCCCAGAGAAAACACCUUAUAUUCUGCCACUAAAGUAGUUCAGGAAAAAUUGGUUGAAUCUUCCAUCUUAUCAAUUUUGUCAUAACAUAUGAGCGUAACAAGUCUGUAGUCCGUGCAGUUUUGUUCAACAUGCUAGCUUGAUGAACAUGUCCGUAUCAAGCUGACAAAAAUAGUUGACAUUUGAUCAAUUUGUAUUUGCUAUCUUGACAGGCGAUACGUCCCUGAACUCAAGACCAUGCCGACAAAGUACAUUCACGAGCCUUGGAUGGCACCCUUGGCCGUGCAGAAAGCUAGUAACUGCAUUAUCGGCCAAGAUUACCCAGACCGCCUCUGUGACCACAUCGAGAGACGGAAAGUUUGUCUUGAACGACUGAAGGACGUGUGCCAACAGAUUCAGGGAACUAACUCGUCAUCACGUGAUAUUGCCGAUGUCGUUGAUUAAAUGUUCAGUUAUUGAUUCCCAACAGAAUAGAUUUUCCUGAGUAUUAGUGUUGUUUUCUGUUUUUGUUUUGUUUUGUUUGGUUUAUUUAUUCGGUACGAAGAAAUAGUGGCACUACUCGGCUUAAAAGAAAAAAAAAUCGCCGAUACUCUAGAUGCAAAAGGGGUAGUUCUUUCUUAUGGGACCAAGUAUCGAGUACUUGAUCUGCAUUCAAAUGUAAAAUUAGUCAAAACUCUCGCAGUCAAGGGUUUUCCAAACUGUGAAACAUUUGUGAAAAUAUAAUAUUCAAUGACCACAUCUGAUAUGUACAGCAUCAAAGCAUGUUACGUUGACCGACCCCAUCCAUAUGAAGAGGUGUUUCACGUUGACUUGUAAAUAUUUAAUUGGUGCAAAGGAAAGUUAAUAUUAUUCAUGGACCUCAACACUCUUUUAUAGGUUACUAACCAACCUAGCAGUUAUAGUCGACUUAAGCACGGCUCAAUUGUUAAAAUUUAAGAUGAGCGACUCAUAUGGAAAGUGACUGCUUCGUGAUCCAAACGUACUAGUUUUGUUUCAUCGUAUUUCACUUCGAUGGAAGCCUUUUAACGAUAACUGAUGCAAUUUUAACUUGAGCGAUUUGGUUGCCGGUGCCGGUUCAUUAUCCAGUUUUAAUUUUAUCAGGCUGUCAAAUACUACAACUUGUACAGUUUAAACAUGUAGCCUGAAUAAUUGUAUAUAAAGUGGUUAUUGUCACCCAG